UAGAGACAGAUAGCAAUCACGUGAUCGACAGAUUUCGCUACUUAGCACGAGCUAUUUUUCCGGAUUUCUGAACGCCGUCAGAUAAUUAUCUUCGUUUACACAUUAUUGUCUAUCGAAACAAAAUGGCCGACGGGGCAGACGAUUCAGGGUCGAAACAAAAAUCACGAAUAAAGGGCAAGUUUGUAAGUCGUAUAAAAUCAUGGCGGUCUUCUAGAUUAAAACAUAUGAACAAGCAAAGGGAUGUAGGUGAAAUAGAGAACGAUCAUGACUAUUUCUAUGACAAAAAUGCCGCCUGUCCACCAGCUCCGUCGCCGGACGAUGUGCCUGACGUUGCUUUGCAUUUGGAUGUCGAGGACCACGAUUCAGAAGAUGUCCAAUGGUAUGAUGGAAGAAGAAUUGUGGAAAUUAAACAUUUAGCCGAUCAACUGUAUUGUUGUAAAUGCCGGUCACAAUUACACCUCUCUGACAUAGUGAAUGAAACAAGAUACGGACUCGGCAGCGUGUUUAACAUUAUCUGCAAGAAUGACUUGUGUUGCCAUACGAAUCAGGUGUCAACUGGGAAAAGGAACAGCAAAGGUGCUUUUGACAUCAACACCAAAGUAGCUAUCGGCAUGAUUCAUUCUGGAAUGGGUCCAUCUCAUGUUGUUAGCUUUUUAAGUGCAUGCAACAUCCCACCAAUCGACCCAAGUACAAUCAAGAAGAAAGAAAAAGAAAUUUAUCCAUCUUUUAAAAGGCAGGCAUCAGAGUCAUGCAAUAAUGCAUUAGCUGAGGAGUGUGAAGCCAUUGAGCCAAACGAGCUUGAGUGCAGUUUUGAUGCAGGGUGGCAGACUAGGGGGUCUGGGUGGCAGUAUAGUAGUAACUCAGGACAUGCUAGUCUUGUUGGAGUACAAACUGGAAAAAUCCUUGACUUUGAUGUGAGGAAUAAGAAGUGCAGCACCUGUCAAUAUUACUCAGGAAGGAAUGAAACUGUCCCUAACCACAAAUGUAACUCAAACUGGAGAGGAUCCAGCAAGGCCAUGGAACCAGACAUGGCCUCAGCCAUGUUGAGGAAUCUUCGGACCCAUGGUUAUGAGGUAAACGCACUUCAUGGAGACAGUGACUCGACAACAAUGGCUAGAUUAAAACCAGAAUUUAAGGAAUUAAAGAAGAGAAAUGACAAGAAUCACUUUAAGAAAAACCUAUCAAAGGAAUUCUACAAACUCUCUCAGACUCAUAAAGAACUGAAGACAGCGGGAGUUAUUCCAUAUUUGACUCGUUGCUAUAUGUACCCUAUCUCCAGUAAGUGUGCUACAGCAGAGGAACUUGCCAAUAAGUUGCAAGUUAUUGUGCCCCAUCUGUAUGGAGACCAUAGUCACUGCCAUUCAGCAAAAUGGUGUACAUAUCACAAAUCACCAUCAACUUACAGGUACAAGCACCUACCUCAAGGCAAACCACUUCACAAUGAAGCUUUAAGAAAUGAGUUGAAUGAGACAACUAACAGGUUGCAGAAAAGGGCAUCAGAGCUGAUAUGCAUGGGCUCAACUCAAGCAAACGAAAACUUCAAUAAUAUUGUUGCGAGUAAAGCACCUAAGAAUAGGUCUUAUGGAAACACAUGCUCUUUGGCCAAUCGAGUAUCAGCUGCAGUUUUACAAAAGAAUAUUGGAUUUACAUAUGUCAGUAAGAUCAAUGAAGAUGCAAUGCUAUCACCAGGAAAAGUAACAAAGAAAAAGGGAAUGGUAAUGGACAAAAGAAAGCUGUGGCAUAAAAGACAGAACUCAAGAAUAACUCAAAAAUGCAGACGCCUACUGUUAAAGAAAAAGAAUUUCCAACAGGAGACAGUGAAGACUGUAAAGGAGGGACAGACGUAUCAGACGAAUGCAAGUGCUACAAUGUCUCCUGACAUUGAAUCGAUUCCAUCCAUUGCAACUCUCUCCAAGGAGACAACAUUCAUUGCUUUUGACAUUGAAGCAACAGGGUUGUCAAGGUCCUCUGAUAUUACACAGCUCUCUGCAAAUGAUGGCAAGGAUUCCUUUAAUGUUUACAUUGAUCCGCGUCAGCCAAUAAGCCAAAAAGCAACUGAUAUCACAGGGCUGUCCUACUGUUUCCAAAAGAAUCAAAUGUAUCGAUAUGGAAAAGAAAUAGACAGUGUUCACAUCCAUCAAGCCUUGCUUAGUUUUUUAGAUUUCCUUAAAUCAAAGAGUUCCCCUGUCCUCAUAGGACACAAUAUUGGAUCGUAUGAUGUUCCAAUUUUGUCCAGAUUACUGGAAGAGUUUGGACUUUUGGCUGCAUUUCUACAGUUAAUCAGUGGGUGCAUAGACACUUUAAAACUAGCAAGGAAAGUCUUCUCCAAAAGUGAAAUUCCAAACUACAAACAGUCCACUCUGGUUAAAGCAUUUCUUGGAAAGGACUAUGAUGCACAUAAUGCCUUAGAAGAUGUGAAGAGUUUGUACCAGUUGUUUGAAGAAAAACUGCACAGUCAUUGCAGAAAUGUGGACAUAUUUCCCUUUCAUUUGGCAAAAUUGGAAGCCAGCUAUGCAUCACUGGUUUUGGAAAAGAAAAUUUCAAAGGCUGUAGCAAGACGGCUUGCAAACUCUGGACUUGGGUUAAACCAUUUACAUCUUUCAUUCAAGAGAGAUCGAAAUGCUGGUGUUAAAAGCAUUCUUCAGGAGCGUGGUUUUAAAGGGAAGACUGUACGUUGUUUCCAAACUUUCCUUGAGGACACACAUUCAGAAGAAUAAGAUUGUUUAAUUGUAAUUGAUUAUAAGAUUAUAGAAUAAUUGUAAUUGAUUAUAAGAUUAUAGAAUAUGUGUAUAAUCUAUGCACACUCAGACUUUAAUUCUAAUGUUGAA